CCUGUGGCCGCCAUUAGAGAAAGGAAUCCAUGAAUUCAAAUGGAAACCAGCAGGAACACAGAGCGACUAUAGGCUUUUCAGAAAAAACGAGCCGAUUCAUGUAGUUUCUCGUCGCCUUUCGAUUAUUUUAACGCGGAAUGUUUCUCGUUUUUAGACCGCUUUCUGUUGGGAUGGAGGUAUAAGGUAGCCGUUUGUAAGCUAAAACCGUUUUUAAACCAAGGGGGAGGAGGGGGGAGAGUUGCCUCUUUUCGCUCUCCCUUUUCUUUUUCUAUUUUAACAACGCAUUCCUGCUCCGUUUUACAUGUAAUUUAUUCCCUCACGGCCCCGUCGACGGUUGCGGCCGUUAUUUUAUACGAUUUUUGGCUGAUCGCGGGAGGCGCGAGCGAUCGAAUGGAGCUGUUGAAUUCCAUUCCCCCACCGAUUGUUUAAAAAUAAUUCCGCUCACAUUCGACUCGAAUUCGGAGAAACCUUAUUUUUUCCAUGGAAACCCAGAUGGUGGGAUGUUAGUGCGCGCAGUGAAAGGAUGAGUGCUUGUUUCGUACCGAACGGGGCCAGCUUGGAGGACUGCCAUUCCAAUCUAUUCUAUCUGGCUGAUUUGACUGGGAUAAAAUGGAAGAGGUUUGUGUGGCAGGGACCGACCUCGGCACCCAUGCUGUUCCCGGUCACCGAGGAGGACCCCAUCCUCUGCAGCUUCAGCCGCUGUCUCAAGGCGGAUGUGCUAAGCGUGUGGAGGCGGAGCCAGAGGCAGGGACGCCGGGAGCUCUGGCUCUUCUGGUGGGGCGACGAUCCCAAUUUCUCUGAGCUCAUCCACCACGAACUUACAGGCGAGGACGACGGUGUAUGGGAAAGCGGUCUGUCCUAUGAAUGUCGUACUCUUCUCUUCAAAGCCAUUCAUAACCUGCUGGAGCGCUGUCUGAUGAACCGCAGUUUUGUACGCAUCGGCAAAUGGUUUGUCAAACCCUACGAAAAGGACGAGAAGCCCAUAAACAAGAGAGAACAUCUGUCUUGCUCCUUCACUUUCUUCCUGCAUGGAGACAGUAACGUGUGCACCAGCGUGGAGAUUAACCAGCACCAGCCCGUGUACCACCUGAGCGAGGAGCACCUGACGCUGGCCCAGCAGGCUUCCAGCCCCUUCCAGGUGAUCCUGAGUCCAUUUGGACUAAAUGGGACAUUGACCGGUCAGUCCUUCAAACUGUCUGACCCACCGACGCAGAAACUCAUUGAAGAAUGGAACCAGUUCUAUCCCAUCAGUCCCACCUCCAAGGAGAGCACGGAGGACAAAAUGGAGGACAUCGACUGGGAGGACGACUCCUUGGCCGCAGUGGAGGUGCUUGUUGGUGGUGUACGUAUGGUGUAUCCUGCAUGCCUGGUGUUAGUCCCGCAGUCAGACAUCCCCACGGUAACGCCUGCAGGCUCCUCGCACUGCACCGCUGUGUAUUCAAACGGCCAUCAUAUGCCUGCUUCAAACCGUGACCCUGCCAUCUCCUCAGUGACGCUGACGCCUCCAACCUCACCUGAAGAGGCCCAGACAGUUCACUCUCAUUCAGCUCAGAAGUGGAUGCGGUUGCCAAUGGCAAUGGACGGAUUCAGUGUCGACAGCACCAGUCACCAUGGCGGCAAGAUUCCACGCAGGAUGGCCAGUCAGGUGGCAGAGAGCGUCUGGCAAGAGUGCAACAUCAAUCGAGCUCAGAACAAACGAAAAUUCUCUGCCACAGCCCCUAAUGGGACUGCCGAGGAGGAGACGCUGUUGAAAGUGGGCGCCUGGGACUUUGUCGAAUCCACGCAGAGAUCGAGCUGCAACUGUUCCAGGCAUAAGACAAUGAAGCAGAGAGCAGGCAGUACGCCCGGCCAGCCGCCCACCGCUGGUCAGACACCGCAGCCGCCCAUCAAGCACAAGGCCGGGGAGAAACCAGAAAAGGGCGACAAGCAACAAAAACGGCCGCAAACGCCCUUCCACCACCGCAACUCAGUCUGUGAAGAUGUUUCCAUGGAAACCGAGGCUUCUGCGGGUCAACGCCUGGUCCUCAGAGGUCAGGAGGGUGGGCGAUUUUCUGGGCUCCGCCCAUCUGAUGUGAACACCAGCUCGAAACCUCCGCAGCUACACAGUGGGGGCGGAGCCACCGUGGGCACCGGUGGCUCGACAGAGAUGGUCGGUUCCCCGCAGCCGCCCCCUCUUAGCCCUCACCCCUGCGAAGGUGGCGACGAUCACUCAGAUGCGAUUAAGAACCCCUCUACCCCCCACAGCCAACAUUUUUACCCUCCCUCUGCAGAACCCUGCCUUUUACCCCAGAAAGGGCCGGAUGAAAGCCGAUUGGAACCGCACACUCAACCUUUCCCCCCUGCGUACCCUGAGCCCAUGGAACCAACCCCGUACAUCAGCGCAGCAGUCAAUAUGGAAUACGACGGAAAUCACGCACCAUGGAGGUUCUUUAACCUGCCACGUAGGAAAGACACAGAAUUUCCAACGCCAUAUCUACCAGGAGAUAAACUAAGAGAAGAGGUAUCACUUGGAGCUGAAGGGAUUAUGUCGGUUACUGAGUUAAUGGCUGCCUCCAAAAGGCCUCUCAAGGUCUCGGAUGAACGUGUCCAGACGUACCUGCAACGACAGAACCAGCACCUGGCUGCAGCCAUCACAGACGGCGACCACGAGCCCGAGGUCGACCCCUACGCAUUUGUCGAUGGGGAUGUUAAGUUCACCUUCUCAGAUAAGAAAGACAAAGCUGGUGGAGAUAGAGAACCGGGAAAGAAACACAAGGGAGAAGAUGGGAGCGCUUCUCUGUCAGAUGAUGCUCAGCGGGCUGCAGCUAAUAACCGGGCCGUUUCCACUAGUCUCAUACAUGAUUCAGACUUGGCGGUCUCCAUCAAAGACCUGGACAACCUAUUCAACUCGGACGAAGAUGAGCAAACACCUGGGGCCCGAAGAGCUGUAAAUGGAGCAGACGAGAAGUUUGGCAGUAAGGAGUCCAAGCCAGCCACACUGGAUCCUGUCUCCUGUAUAAGCACGGCCGAUCUGCACCAGAUGUUCCCUACACCUCCCUCUCUGGAGCAGCACAUCAUGGGUUACUCCCCCAUGAACAUGGGCAGUAAAGAGUACGGCUGCAUGGAGCCAGGCUCGAGCCUCAACAUGCUGGACGGCCCGGCUGGUCUGGGUGGCCAGUUUAAGAUCGAGGUGGAGGAGAGUUUCUGCAGUCCUAAACCUUCAGAGAUCAAGGACUUCUCAUUUGUGUACAAACCGGACUUGUGUCAGCCGUUCGUAGGCUGUUCCAUGUUUGCCCCCCUCAAGUCUCUGCCCAGCCAGUGCCUGCCUCCUAUCAAACUGCCUGAUGAGUGCGUGUACAGGCCAAGCUGGACAGUGAGUAAACUGGAGCUACUCAACAGCGUACCUGCUAUGAGCAUCUUUAACAAGGACGGUGAAAACAGCACGUUGGAACAGGAGUACAUUCAAACGUACACCCCUUCGACCCACACGCCAUUUUUGUCCAACAGUGCCCCACCCAGCAACAGCGGCACCAGCAUCCUCCCCUCCCCUGCCACGCCCCGUUUCUCCGCUCCCACACCUCGUACCCCACGGACUCCACGCACUCCCAGAGGCCCCGCCAGCGUCCAGGGGUCCCUCAAAUACGAGAACUCGGACCUGUACUCGCCUGCCUCGACACCCUCCACCUGCAGGCCUCUCAACUCGGUGGAGCCCGCCACGGUCCCAUCCAUCCCCGAAGCCCACAGCUUGUAUGUCAACCUCAUCCUGUCGGAGUCUGUCAUGAACCUGUUCAAAGACUGCAACUUCGACAGCUGCUGCAUCUGCGUCUGCAACAUGAACAUCAAAGGCGCCGACGUGGGCAUCUACAUUAACGACCCCAACAUGGAGGCACAGUACCCCUGCGGGUGCGGCUUUAGCGCGGUAGUCAAUCGCCGCUACGGUAACGGCUCGGGCCUCUUCCUGGAAGACGAGCUGGAUAUCAUUGGACGGGGUUCGGACGUCAGCCAGGAAGUGGAAAAGCGCUUUGAGACGUUACGGAGCAUAUCCUUAGAGAAGACAGGGGGCGGAACCAAGGAUCGAGUCCCGGAUGAUCUUAUCUCUCUCCUGCAGGAUCAGUGCACUAAUCCUUUCUCCCCCAUAUUGGGAUUGGACCCUGAAGAACUGACUUCCCAAGGGCCAGGAGGCGCCACAGUACCACCAUGCGUCCGUGUAGAGGAGAGGGACUUCCACAACGACUGUUACCUGGCACUAGAACACGGGAGGCAGUUCAUGGACAACAUGUCCGGUGGAAAAGUGGAUGAGGCGCUGGUGAAGAGCACGUGUUUGCAUCAUUGGGCCAAACGCAGCGCGGUGGACGUGAGUGGUCUGUGCUCUCAGGACGUGUUGAGGGUUCUCCUCUCUCUCCAGCCUGUUCUCCAGGAUGCCAUCCAGAAGAAGAGGACCGUCCGCUCUUGGGGUGUCCAAGGUCCUCUCACAUGGCAGCAGUUUCACAAGAUGGCUGGAAGAGGGUCUUACGGCACUGAUGAGUCUCCGGAGCCUCUGCCCAUUCCUACCUUCCUGGUUGGGUACGAGUAUGACUUUGUUGUGCUCUCUCCCUUCGGCCUGCCGUACUGGGAAAAGCUUCUGCUGGAUCCCUUUGGCUCCCAGAGAGACGUGGGAUAUCUGGUCCUCUGCCCAGACAGCGAUGCUCUUCUCACCGGAGCCAAGAGCUUCUUUAGAGAGCUGACAGCGGUCUAUGAGUCUUGUAAACUCGGGCAGCAUCGACCAAUCUCAAAGGUGCAUGCUGAUGGCAUUGUCAGGGUGGGUGGGGUUGCUGCAAAAAAGCUCACAGAACAGCCGGUCAAUGAUUGGUUCUUGAAAACGGCUAAUGGCAGCAGUGAUGCGUUUGCCAAACUCAAGCUGUUCGCCCAAGCCUGCAGACAUGACCUCGCUCCAUACCUUGCCGCACAGACAUUGGACAGCUCUCUCCUCAUUCAGCCGAGUCCCGCCCCCUCUUCCACGCAACCCACUUCCUCGCAAUCUUCAGGCUCCGCCUCCACCAACUCCCAAACCUCAAUGGCCUCUGAAAGCUCUGCCCUCAACAACAGCAGAGCUGCCAGCAACAAUGGCUCAGGCUUGCCAGGCAGCACCAAUAACACCUCCUCAGGCCCUCAGGGCAACAGCAUCCAGUGUGCCAAGCCCAGCUCGUUCCCUCCUUUUACGAGCAUGGGAGGAGUCCAAGGCAACAGCUCCCAGUCUGGGGCUCUGGGCCAGCAGGCUGUCACCCAGAACUCGAGCCUCUCUGGAGACAGUUCAACUGUCAACAGCCAGACUCAGGGGCCAUCCGAACCACCAGAGAGCACUAUGGAAAGAGAAAAGGUCGGUGUUCCCACUGACGGGGACUCCCACGCCAUCACGUACCCACCUGCCAUCAUGAUCUAUAUCGUCGACCCCUUCUCCUAUGAGGAGGCAGAGCCUGGAACGUCACACUCGAGCGUGUGGACUCUGGGACUCCUAUGCUGCUAUUUGGAGAUGCUGCAGGCCCUUCCAGCUCACAUCCGCAAUUCUGUGUUUGUACAGAUUGUCCCCUGUCAGUAUCUGCUGCAACCUGUAAAGAGCGAGGAGAGGCACCUGUACGCCCAGCACCUCAAGUCCCUGGCCUUCUCCGUCUUCACCCAGUGCAGAAGACCCCUACCAGCAUCCACUAAUGUCAAGUCGCUAACUGGUUUUGGCCCUGGCCUUGCCCUUGACACUGCCCUCAGGAACCCAGAGAGACCAGAGUGUCUCCGGUUAUACACGCCGCCGUUUAUACUGGCUCCAACGAAAGACAAGCAGACGGAGCUGGGCGAGACUUUCGGAGAGGCGUCUCAAAAGUACAACGUCUUGUUUGUGGGCUACUGCCUGUCACAUGACCAGAGAUGGCUGCUGGCCACCUGCACGGACCUGUUCGGAGAGCUUCUGGAGACCUGUAUCCUCAGCAUAGAUGUACCCAACAGAGCACGAAGGAAAAAAGGCUCCGCCCGGAGGCUGGGCCUUCAGAAGCUGUGGGAGUGGUGCCUGGGUUUGGUUCAGAUGACAUCGUUGCCAUGGAGAGUGGUGAUUGGCCGAUUGGGCCGAAUAGGCCAUGGAGAGUUGCGAGACUGGAGUAUUUUACUAAGCAGGCGGAACUUGCAGUCGGUGUCUCGGAGGUUGAAGGAAAUCUGUAGAUUGUGUGGGAUCUCGGCAGCUGACACUCCCAGCAUCCUUAGCGCCUGCCUGGUUGCCAUGGAACCCCAGGGCUCAUUUGUCAUCAUGCCAGACUCUGUGUCAACAGGUUCGGUGUUUGGUCGCAGUACAACUUUAAACAUGCAGACGUCCCAGCUGAGCACGCCGCAGGACACGUCUUGCACACACAUCCUGGUGUUCCCCACCUCCGCCUUUGUGCAAGUCAACAGCUCCAACUUCACACACGAAAACAUCGACAUUGCCUUCAACCCCAGCAAUGAUGGAACGGAUGCGAUCGGCAUCUUUGACCUACUAGGGCAGGACAGUGAUCUGGUUGAUCCAGACCUCAUAAACAUCUUACCUGCCUCACCCACAACCUCACCAGUCCACUCCCCGGGAUCCCAGUACCCCCACGGAGGAGAUGGGAGCAAGGGUCAAAGUACAGACCGCAUGGAGUCUCAUGAAGAAGCUCCCAAUAUCCUCCAGCAGCCAUUAGCUCUGGGCUAUUUUGUGUCCACGGCUAAAGCAGGUCCACUGCCUGACUGGUUCUGGUCUGCGUGUCCACAGGCACAGAACCAGUGUCCCCUUUUCUUAAAGGCCUCUCUACACCUCCACGUGUCUUCAGUGCAAUCAGAUGAACUUUUGCAUAGCAAACAUUCUCAUCCUCUGGACUCCAAUCAGACCUCGGAUGUUCUCAGAUUUGUGUUGGAGCAGUACAAUGCCCUUUCCUGGUUGACCUGUGACCCCGCGACCCAGGACCGCCGCUCCUGCCUGCCCAUUCAUUUUGUGGUGCUUAAUCAAAUGUAUAACUUCAUCAAGGCCAUGUUGUAACACACACCGAGCAGAAACGAGAGCAGGACCUUAUCAGGGAUCAGAAGAGUACACAGAAGGUGUACUCUGGAGGGAUCUAAAAAAUGAAGAGAGAGAAUUACAGUGCUGGACUUUAUAUGUACACGAGUUACAAUGGAGAUGAUCUGGGUAGGCAAUCACUACACCUGAGACCCAGCACUGUGGAGGAGAAUCAGUCUUCUGGUGUUAUAACACUGACCCAGAGAGCGAGAGAAGAAAAAUGGAGGCCUUGGAUGAAUUUUCAGAGAUGUGGAGGCCAAAGUGAAGGCAGAAGGAAAAUGAAAGUGCUGACUGAUGAUCUAAAUCCCUGGUUUCGCUGUUACCAUGACGAUAGCGUGCGGUGACCAAGGAUUCGGCCAGUUCUUUAAUCAAUGUUUAUGGAGAUGUAAUCUGUAUAGAAUCUGAUGGAAAGAGACAUGAGAGAAUGAAUGUUGGGGUUUUAAGACCUCUAACUCCGUGUUUCAUUUGGAUGGAGUUAUAUUCAAAUGAAAUGCCUGCAUCUGUCUUAUUUAUUGUACGUUUUUAAAUGUAUAAUUUGUCUGAUUUCUUAACCUCUUUUAUAUAUAAAAGUUCUAGAAGGUUUGUAUCGCCUUCUUGCUUUAAAGCAAUUGGUCAAAAAUAUAUGUAAUCGUCUUAAAUACAAAAACAAACAGAAAAACCCACUAAAAAGAUGAAUAAAAUAAAGUUGCAGUAGGUUGCUUUUAGAGUAUUAUUUUUUGUAAGGGAGACAGAUUAUUUGUAUUGUCACGAUGUACAGAGAAGCCGGACGGGGGAUUUCUGUCCACGCCUUUGCGUGUGGACUCAAUUGUAGCUAAACUUUAGCUGCACGGGACUUGUACAGCAAUGAAGUUCACUGUGUUUAAAAAUAAAGAGGUACAUUGUCGUAUAUUGUAUUUUAUACCACACAUUUAGACACAAAAACGAAGAACUGCAAUAUAUAAAUAAUUAUAUAUGAAUGCCACACCAGCCUUGGGUGGCACUGCUUCUGUUUUAGGAAUAAAAAGAGUCAAUUCAUUUUUGCUGUACUUGUGUUUCUUGGGGGGGACAGCUGAUCGUAGUGAUUGAGGUGUGCGGCUUAGUUUACUUUAAAUGAAAAACGGUUUUGCAUUUAAAAACCCAAGAAAGACCCCUCACCUUGCCCUCCCUCAUUGGCACUCCUGUUCCAGCGAUCAAGGACACUUUUACACCCACAAUCACUUUUCUUUGAAUGUGACAAGAAGUGUGUGGUGUAAAUGGACUUUUAAACUGGAUCUAGCUGCCUGUUGGAAAUGCAGUGUUUGUGCACAGAGAAAGAUAUAUGUCCUGUAUCUUACUCCGUUCAGAAUAAACUGUAUGCUGAUAUUCAAAGACCCCGGGAUUUCUCUUGCAUCCCACACCAUGCUUUCCAAAUGCGUAUGUUAUGCAUGUAAAACUGCACUUAGUUUAUACUGCACAAAUGAGUCUUCAGUUAACCCAUUUGUAGAUGCCCAGGUUGAUUUAAAU